GGGAGGGACAUAAAGUCAUAUGGAGAGAUGAGAUUAGGCCUGACUGUCUGCGGCUGAAAUCCUGGGUGAUUAGUGAAGAGAGAGCUGCAAUGAUAGGGCUUUAAGGAGGCACAGACACACAGGGGCAUGGAACGGCUCUUCUAAUUCACUGUACCAGGGUUUCCCGGGAGCCUCGGAGGAGGGGGACGGAGUCAUUGGAGGGUCUCUGAUGAAAUGUCCUAUCUCAAACCUUCUGGGAAGGAGCUGGAGAGAUUUGACGGGCUGUCCCUUAUCUACUGGACACUAAUGGGCCCCUAUGGGAUGGACCGCACCGUGUACUGCAUGGAGUUCAAUGAUUGUGUCAAUGGACUGGGGAUUAAAGUGAUUGGAGGGGUACGUGAGCACAGUGGAGAGGAAUAUGGGGUGUAUGUCAAACGAAUUCUCCCAGGUGGAAUAGCAUAUUCUGAUGGGCGGCUUCAGCCUGGAGAUCAGAUUCUUGAUGUAAAUGAAGACAGUUUGCAGGGAGUAUCCAGUGAGAGAGCAGUUGACAUUUUAAGAAUGGCCUCUGCCACCAGCUAUAUGAGACUGCUAAUUGCCAGGGAUGAUGAAGCAAGGAAAGAAUUCUCUGAGCUGAUGGAGAAGUAUGGCUCUCACAGUGACACCGGAUCUGCUAGAAGCUCCCCCAUUAUGCAGGGAAGCAGAUAUUUGGAGAGCACUUCCUCUGAAUCUUCCUCCCGUUCCCAAAGCCCUUUGUUACUAAGUCCAGGCAGCUCUCACGGACAAUUCACUGGGAGUUCCAGCCUCUCCCCACACUUAACAAUGAGUGACUCAGGGAUUCAGAAUAUCGCUGUAGCUAAAUCUACCGGCCUGGGAUUGGUGAUCAGUGGAGGCUCUAACCGACCAGAAGGACCAAUGGUGUAUGUGCAAGAGGUUCUUGUUGAUGGAGACUGUUCCAGGGAUGGACGUCUCAGAGCUGGAGACCAACUGGUUUCAAUCAACCGAGAGACACUGGUUGGAGUCACCAAUGAAGAAGCCAGGCGUGUUUUAGCCAGAUCUAGAUUCAGGCAAGGCAGCUUCACUGAAGUUUCUUUUGUUCCGGCUGCCGUCCAUCUUCAUGGCUUCUCUGGAGCCAACAGCGCUACCUCGUCACCACAGAGGAUUCUGGGAAAUGGCCUAGCUUCCUGUCGACUUAAAGUCCACGUCAGGUCCCCAGAGUGUCGAAAUGAAAACCACAUGCCUUCUCCGUCCCCUGAUAUCUGUCCCCCUGAGCUCACAGUUUCGGCUCCUGUGUCACCACCCAACCACAGAGCAUAUACUGGCAAUGAGCAGAAAGUCUCUCUGGAUCCACAUGUUCGGCUGAAAGAGGAGAAACUAGAACUGAUCUUGCAGUACCUUGGUCUGGAUGUUUCUGAGGAGAAGAGGAAAGAGCUUCACCAAGGACUGAUAAAAGAUUGUCAGGGGACUGUGGCUUAUGGGGAUAUUCUUCGUGCCAUGCGAGUUGUCUUACAGGAAGAACUUGAAGAGGCCGGCCUAGAUUAUAGUUUUCUGGUCUUCACGCAUUACCAAGUGGCCAAUUUACUUGACACCUCUGCAUUCCAGUCACCUGUCACCAAGGAGGUAGAACUUCCAAGGUUCUCUGAGAGUUUGGAGCUGGAACAACUACAGGAAGAGGUGACUGAUCUCAGGCAGGAGGUUAGACAUUUAAAGGUUUUGCUUAGAGAGGCAGAAAACAGCAAGAGAGCGACAGAAGAUGAACUGCAGAGGUUAAACCAAAAGGUGCUGGGGCUGUUAUCGGAGAACCGAUGCCUGCAGAGCAAGCUACAGGUUGCAGAGCUGGUGCAGCGUCAGGCUCACAGGGCGGAGCACGACUAUGAAGAAGUCAUUCACCUUCUGGAAGUGGAGAUCUCAGAGCUGAAAAGCCAAAUGCCAGGGAAAAAGAAGCUUUCGUUAGAGGUCCCUGAGGGAUUGGAUCUUAACCGGCGAUUAUCUCUGUCGGACUGUCAGCUGCGCAAGUCUGAAUUGUCUCGCAGGCACUUGGAAGUUUCCAACAAGAAGCUUUUUAAUUUUGUCCAGAAAAUCCAGGAUAUUUUAAGCACAUCACUUCAGUUCAGCGAGGGGAAAAGAAGCCACAGUCAGGACAGCAGUUACAGCGACAGUGAUGCAAAUGUUUUGGUUCCGUCUGCAGAGUCGCUGGUCACAGAAGUCACAGACAUUCUUGAUUCCUGCACCACUUGCCCGUACCCAGGUACUGAUUUCCAGAGAUUCAACAGAACAGCCUACUCAUCAGGGACGUCCAGCCAGAAUAUGAUUUGGCCUUCACCAUCACCACCAUCUCCAGUCCUAGUGCGGAACCUCAGUGGAAGUGAAGAAGAUAUAUUAUGUGCAACCAAAGAACCCGAGGAAAAGCCUACAGAAUAAUAACACUGCUGACCCCUCUGUUGCCCUGCUGUUUACAUAUAUCUAUAUACAGUAUAUGUAUGAAUGGACUGGGCCAAUGGCGAGGUACCCAGUCUUUAUCGGCUCCUGAUUAUGGGGGUAGCAUUCACAUGGAUUUGAAUCCUAGACAUGAAUAGGGGCUAAAUGAGUGACCGCUUCCUUAGCCAUAACAGAGGUACAAAUAAGGAGAUCUGGCCCCCAAAAACAUGACUGUUAUUUAGUCCACUGGACUUUAAAACAAAUUUGUGUGUAUUUUUUUAUAUAUCAUUGUGUCAGCCUGGAUACAAUUAAAGCUCCAUGUUUAAGAUGAAAAUAUCAUGAUACUAAAGUGAACUUAAAGCUUUGCUGCCAAACAGACCCUCAUGGUUGCAAGAGGGUUUCAUUAUGCAAAUCCAAACUCUUCUGAUUGCAAGAAAAAAACAUAAAUCUGCAGAUCCCAGAGAUUUUCUCUUCCCCAUUGUGCAUGUGGGGGGAUUCUUUUCCAUUGGGUACCCAGUUUACUUUUUACCACCCAGGGGGGGGGGGCAGGUAAACCAGGGGCUUAUAAUUGGGGCCCUGCUUUUAUUGGGCACCAUGAUGGUGGUUGUGCCUAGGGGUGUUCAGAGACUUGACCAAGGGGGAGUCUGAAGUCCAGAUAAAGAAAGAUUUUGGGAGAAUGCACAUUUGCUAUCCCAGAUAUUUCUAAAAGGUCAUAUUGGAUGUUAAUUAGAGAAAGAUUGGGAUGAACAUGUCUUAGAUAUCCUUGGAACUAUGGCUAAAUGUCCUGGCCAAAUGCUGGGCCUCAAAUGCCUCACCAUUUCCCUAUGGUGAAAAUAAGUAAGACAUUAUGGGCAUUUCGGAUUUGCCCACCAAGAGAUCUUUGAUACUCAGGUCAGUCUUCAACAAGGAAGUCACCUUGUCUCAUGGUUCAGUCCAGUAAUGGCUAAACUUGUGUAUUAUAAUAAAUAAAGUACCCCUUGUUGGAAAAUAUGAGGAUGUUAGAAGUAAGAGUUCCAUGACCUGUAUAAAAGCACUCGGCCUUCGGUGACUUAUAAUAUACUUAUAUUUAACAAUAGGUGGUACUUUAUUCACUAUGUAUUUGCCUAGUUAUGAUGAAUCUUCACUCCUGGUUUUCAGUAAAUCAGUAACAAAUUUUAGCAAAUAAAUACACCUAAAAUAAGCAGAUCAUUCCAAAAUGGCACCCCCGGCUAUCUUUGCAACUUCAAGCAUCACUCCUAAGAACCCUCCGGGGUGCUGGGAGUUGCACUUUAAAAAAAACCCCACCAAAGGACUCCCAAGUUGAUCAGCCUUCAUCUUUUGAUCAGGUCCUGAUUACACAGGUCCAAACUCCUUGUCAACUUUAGGGGAAUUCUGGGAUAUGUAGUUCUGCGGCAGCUUUACUCCUGCAUGUGAAACACCUCUGGAUUACCCAGUUUUCAUUUCUUACACUAUCACGGUGAGGCCUCUCAUACUAACAACGAGACACCACUUUCUAUGUCGGAAAUGACGUUGAAGGUUCUCCGUUGUCAGUGACAGAUGCAGGAGAUAGAACCAUGCAACAAUUACAGGAUUUGGUAGCACUUAUCAUUACAGCCCAGUAACAUGUCUCUGUAUGGAAAUAUUGAAAUGCACCAAUUUCACCUGUUUCUUAAAUAAAGAUAUAUGUCAUUAA